AUGUCGGGGCCAAGCGAUUUGAUGUCUGAAUUUCGAAAACUUCGCGUUGAAGCUUCCAAGAUUCAGAAUGAGUUCAAAGAGAUACCCAGCUCUGCGGAUCAUAAGCUGAUCAAAGAGACUCUGGAAAUGAGCCAAAAAAUUUUGAAAAAACAAGACCAAUUUCAAGAUGAGAUGAAGCAAGAAUUUUUCAAACAUAACUACAAAAUCAAGCAAGAAUUUCAAAAAAUCCAGGAAAAGCAGAACAAAUUGAUCGAAAAUUUGAUGUCGGAAUUGAAGACUGUCAAAGCCGAGCUGAAUGUGACGAAAAAUCAAAUAAAUGGUCUUCUUGCCAAGAAUUCGGAUGAAAAUUUGGAACUGAUUCUAGAAUCGAUAUGGAUAAUUCAUAAACGUCAGGAUCAGAUGAUGAUGAUGAAUCAGCAAGGAGAAACUAAUAUCACAAAACCGCAACGGAAACGCGUCCAACAGCACAAAACGGUGCCGAAUUCAACAAAAAAGUAG